AUGGCGGAAGGUAGCAGAUAUAAGAAGCGCAAGCCAGAAAUUGAUUUGUUCAAUGUCGACGAACAAAAAAAAGUGGCAACGUGUAAAAUUUGCGGAAAACUGGUGAAAUCGUUACGCAAUUUUACAUACGUGAGGCAUUAUACGACUCAGCACAAGGAAAUUGCCAAAGAAAACGGAUUGCUGACCGAAUUUGAAAACGGCUUGAAUGUGGUGGCAGAAGAGGCAAUAGACAGUAUUACCGGUAACAAGAAAAUUUCGGUGAAACUCAACAACAAGGUGUACACCAAAUCACUUGUUGAACUAGUUACGGUCAACGGUGUUCCAUUGAAAGUACUCGAUUGUCCCGCGCUUCGCAGAAUCUUCGAUCCGGUAGAGAAAGGUUUGAAGGAAAAUUGCACAACGGACAACGGUUCCAAUAUGCUGGCAACCAACAAGAGAUUUGCAGUUAGGCAACAGGAGUCGGAAGUCUUAAACUUGAUCAAGGAGGACAGCACUUUGGACGGAAUCAACUCAAUUAAUGAUGCUUCAGAUGACGACAGCGAUGAUGACACAGGUAAUUCGGACGGAAAUGAGGAUAACGAAUCUGAUGAUUUCGAAGAGUCUGAGCACGAAAUAAGUGUUAUGAAUAAAGCAUUCGUCAAGAAAUUGAGAAAAAUGCCUUACAAGAAUCUCUUCAAGUUGAACAACAAGGAAAUUCCACAACUCAGUUGCGAGACGCGUUGGAAUUCAUGGUACGAUAUGGUUUUAUCUUUGAAAUCUCAAAAAGAAUUCAUUUGCUCGAUAACUAAAAAUGACAAGGAAUGUGCCAUACCCAACGAAACAUGGAACUUCAUCGACAAUUUUGUCGUGGGUUUUGAACCCAUGUCACAACUGACGUUAGCUCUCCAGUCAUCACAACUCACGUUCGGUGAUUUUUAUUUGCUCUGGCUGCGUUGCAAAUUGCUCCUGGAGAAGACUGAUACUCCACUAUCCAGGCAAUUGUUGACGAAAAUGAAAAACCGAGAAUCAGCUCUAACAGACAACAAAGCAUUUUUGGCAGCAAUUUAUCUUGAUCAACGUAUUAACUAUCGGGACACUCCUCUGAUUUCUGAAGAACAACGUCAAUAUGCCCUGGAACACUUGAAACAAACUUGGCGGAGCAUUCAGCGUGUUGCUCAUGGCGGUUUAACAAACGUGUCCAUGGAGGACCCCAUGGAAGGACCAAGUUCAAACGACGACAUUUUGGAAGAUUUCUUUCGUUCACAUGAGGUUUCACAUGAUUCCAACAUCUCGACAUGCUUGUUUGAUGAACUGGAGGAUUUGAGCCGUUUACCUCGCCUAAAAUUGGAAAGGAGUCAGUCAAUCUUGGACUUUUGGUACAGUCAAAAGCAAGGAAAACCAGACAUGUAUUCAUUGGCGGCAGUAGUACUCUCUACACCGGCCACACAAGUUUCGACUGAACGGGCUUUCAGCACUUUGGCGUUUAUUCUAACCAAACUGAGGACACGUUUGAGUGAAACCACAUUGUCAAACAUUUUAUUGAUAAGAUUGAAUGCCGAAUUAUUCCAACAGCUAAACAUUUAG